AUCUGGCAACGCUCAAGCACAAAGCAAACGUGAGCUCUAUCCAAAAAAUAAAUUUGUAGAAGUUUGAGGAAAAGGAUUAGUAUUUUGCAGACAAAAGCUUCUUUGUUUUGCGUGGUGAUUAUAGUUAGAGCAAAGUAUAGUGAUACAAAGGAUCAAGGGCAGGACAUUCACUUUAAAAUCAGCAUCGCCUUACUAAGCAUCUAGUGUAAAGGGCCACUGUAAAUUUUUGCCGUAACGAUGAAUAAACGAAAUAAUAUUCGCCUACCCCCUGAAGUAAAUCGUUUGCUAUACGUGCGAAAUUUGCCUUAUAAAAUCACAUCGGAUGAAAUGUAUGACAUUUUUGGCAAAUUUGGAGCCAUUAGACAAAUUAGAGUUGGUAACACACCUGAGACGAGAGGAACGGCCUUUGUUGUCUACGAAGAUAUUUUUGACGCCAAGAACGCUUGUGACCAUUUAUCUGGAUUUAAUGUCUGUAAUCGUUAUCUUGUUGUCUUGUACUACCAAUCUAAUAAGGCAUUUAAACGGCUCGAUGUGGAUAAAAAACAAGAAGAACUUAAUAACAUUAAAUCAAAAUAUAAUCUAAAGACUCCAGAGGCGCCUUAGGUCCAGUCUUUCAGGAGAUUGUGGGAGGGAAUUGCGUUAAUCUUAAUAUUUCAAAUCGUUUUAACAUUUUUAAUUUAAUUUUGUAAAUCUCUUACAU